UAUAUCCCUAGAAAUCUCUAUCUCUCUCUCUCUCUCUCUCUCUCCCUCCUUCUCUCUCUGUAAGUCAUUUCUUCAAUCUAAUCCCUCACACACACUCCCUCCUUCUCUCACCGGCGCCUGGCUUGGCGGCGUGCUCUUUUCAGGUCACCUCCCUACACCUAGAUCUCACCGUCUCCUCUGCCUUCGCCCACUGCUCCUUGGAUACGAUUUAAACCACCCCCAACCUAACGCACCCCCCUUUUUCUUUUUUUCUCGUUCUUUUUCUUUUGCUUUUUCUCUUUUAUUCUAUUAAAAAUGUUUUUCCAUUUUCGUCAUUUUGCCUUUAUUUCGUCCCUACGAUUGUUGACGUAUACCAUUUAACCCAACCAAUAGUUAGUCUUUUUAGCCUCUUUUUUUGUACCUUUUUGUUUUUUUGUUUUUUUUUUUUUCUACUUAUCCCCCGUUGAAACUGAUUUGACACUUUUACCCAAAUUUUAUCAAAAAUUUUAUUUCACGCUUUUAGCCUUGCGAAACCGAAACUUCUUGACGCUUUUACCCCCAUUCGAAACCAACUUUAACUUUUUACCCCUGUUGUGAAAGUUGCUUUGGCUGGUGACGUGGCAUGAUUUAAAGGCUAGGAUGAGUUUCCAUCCUCGUCGGAUUUUGACGCCUGGGGCGUCAAGAAAGCGUAAAGAGAGAGAAGGUUUGUACGCAAUAAAAUCGUCGGCUGUGCCGGCUUUGGCUCCAGUACCAGCUCCUAAGCCCGGCGAGCCGCUCUCUUCCAACCGGCUGUUAGCCGGGUACAUGGCGUACGAAUUCUUGACGAUGGGUACUCUAUUUGGGCAGAAGUUCGACCCGGCUCGAGCCUCGGCCGAGCCCCUGGCGAGCUCCUCUGCCGAGUGGAAGAGGUCGAAGCCGGAAGCCGAGCCGGGCGUCAAGAAGGAGCACCAGAGCUACGCUGAGGUGGCGAGCGUACUGAAGACGGACGGGGCCCACAUCCCUGGGAUUGUCAACCCCACUCAACUCGCUCGGUGGAUUCAGAUGUGACCCGCCAUGGGUGCGGCUACGUGGGUUCGCGGACGUGUCAUUCUUUGGUUGGCGCCACGUAUCGUCCACGUCAGAGGAAGUUCAGUUCUUUAAGCGCGUCAAUGUACGUUACGUCUUCCAACUGGAGGUGGGGGUGAGUCCUGUAUCGACACCAAAACCCGGUGAAAGCAUUAAGUUUCCGGGAAUCUCGGAAUGUUGUUAUAGUCCGAACUCCGACGUCGUUCUCUCUCUCUCUCUCUCUCUCUCUCUUUCUCUCUAUCCUUGUGUGUUAGUUUUGUAUCUGUUGCAGGUUAAACUGCAGUGUGUAACUUUGGAGGAAAACCAUGAGAUCGAAAUCCUUUAAUGCUUUCUUGUUCAUCGUAGCUUAUAUGCAUGUCCUUUUGUUUUGUUUUGUUUCUUA